CACACAUUUUCUAACCUCAAUUAUUUUGAUAUCAACCAAGUCUCUUUCGCUGUCGCGUUUCUUUUUUGCCUGCUUGCUUUUUGUUAUUGAACGUUUUCUAAUUCAGUUUGUAUUUAUUACUUCAUUCAUUUUUCACGAAGUUCAAGUCACCAGGAAAAAUGACUGCUGAAAAGAAAAUUAAAGUAAAGAAACCUAAGGUAAUAUUAAUAAAUAUUCCUAUAUAUUUUUUUUUUAAAUCUUAGAGCGUUUGGAUUUAUAACACAUGUGUUUAGUUACAGCAUUUGCAGUUAUUUGACGUUGUAUCGCUAAUUAUUAUUAUUUUUUAAAUAUUCGUUACGUUUAAUUUUAACAUAUUUCGUAUUUAUAGGUCAAAAAAGCACCAACACAAAGCGUACAAGUAUUCGGUCGUAAGGUAUGCAUAUUUAUUUAUUUGUACAUUCAAUUUUACUUUCGGUUGAUAUUUAUUUUAUCAUACCCUAAAAUCCUUCAUAAAUGGUUGUUUUAAUUAGUUUUCGAUCUUAUAAUCUUAUGUAAUUGUGAACGAUUUUAAGUCAGUAAAUUUUAUUUUUAAAAAGAAAAAAUUGAUAAUGUUUUAUUUCAAAAUACAUUUUUUUUUUUAUAUCAAUUAAGGUGUGAAUUUAAUAACAUUUACUUAGUUAAAUACCUUGUAUUCAAUGUUUGAAUUUAUCUUUUUACAUCCAUAAGUAACUUUGAUAUUUUUAUAUUCAAGUAUUGAUUAGCUUCCCUCCACCAUAAACAACUAAGUUUUUUAAACAUUUUUUUUAGAACAUAAACAAUUUAUACAAAUAAGUAUAAUACUUAUGUGAUAAUGGUAAUAUUUGACAUGCAGGUAUGAAUAAGCCACCCAUAAGUGACACUUCGCUUGAAUUACUAAAGUUGAUGUUUGAAAUUUGUAAAAGGUCAAACACCAUUUUUGUCUUGGUUUACGGUUAGGUUUACCCGGUUGAGAUAAACAAGAUAAUUAAAAUAAAAUAUUGCAGGGGAUUGGUAUGUAGAGUGACUAGACAAGAACAAACUGGUACUGUACUAUAGUUUAACAACUAUUAGAAAAAUGACUUAUAUUUAAAGGAAGAAGUGAAUCAAGAUGAAACAAUAAAGAUCAGAGAUUUAUUUUAAUUAAUAAACUUUAUUUUAUUUUAAUGUAUAGAACUUGUUGAAUAACAGUUCCUAAGUUUUUUUGGUUCUUGCAUCCCUAAAAGUAAAAGACAGCAAUCGUGCCUCCCAUAAAUAAAUUAAUUACAAAUUUGUUUUAUUUAUUUGUAAAUAUUCAAUAUUUUUUAUUUUUAUGACCAAAUAUUCAAUAUUUAUCAACCAUAAAUAUUGUUCAAUUUUAAAGGAUUUUUAUUUUUCCAAAGAAAAAAAACAAUGACUAUUAGUGUUGAAUCAUAAUGUGGACAAUGUGAUAGUUUUUCAUUCAACAAGUUGAUUGCCGUUAGUAGAAUUUUUGGUACUUGCACGGUUUAUACAUUAGUCAUUUAUAUUUUAUAUUCUGUAGCGAGAAAUGUAGUUGUUUUAUAUCGCUUUUUUAAAAUUAUUAAUUCUUUUCCAAUAGUUGUGCAAUUUUUUAAUAGUGUUUCAGUAAAAGGGUCUUUAAUCUAACUGUGUUAUUUCAUUUUUUCUAGAAAAUAUUUCACAAAAUUAUUUUAAAAAUUACUACUAAAGUGUCAUCGGAUGAUUAGAAAUUAUUGUUAUUGAACUCUGUGGAAAUUCAAGAUCAUUCUCCAAAAAAAUGCUUUAAAAGUGGAAAAUUAUAUUUAUUUGCCAUAGGUCAAUUUUUUUAAUAAUAGUAUCCAUAGAUACAUCAUAGAUUUGCAUAGUAUGAGUUUCUUUACCUUGUUAAAAAAUUGAGUUUUUUAUAAAUUUCACAUAAAUAUGCUAAUUUUAUUAUAAAAUUAUUGUUGAUAACAAAUCCAAUAUUUAUCUUGCGCCUCCCUAGUUAAAUACUUGCUCUUCACAAUUUGGGAACUGCUGAUGAGAGAUCAGGCUCAUAUCUGUAAAUUACUUUUAAGGAGACAUUUUACUGGGAAUUGAACAUGGUAAGAUUCAGGGAUACUGAGUUUCACAUACUUUUAAUUAUAAUUAUUAAUUUGAUACAGUAUAAUCAUUAAUUUUGUUUGGUACUGUUUUGUUGUAUCCCUGCCAUGGUGAGUAAAAACUUUGUAGCUCCACCAUACAUAGAACAAUAAAUUUGUUGUAUAAAUAUAAAAUAAUUUAACGGAAAAUAUGUAUCAUUAUUAUUAGGUACCUUCCAUGGAUGUUUAUCACAAAUAAUUAAUAAGCUGAUAUUGAAAAUAAUGUAUGUUAAAAAAUGUUUAUGCUUUCCGUGAUUUUAUAUUAAUAUAUCUGGGAAAAAAAAUAUCACAGGAAUCAUGGAAAACAUAAAUAUUUGUAUACAUUUUUUAACAUAACAUUAUUCAAUUUUUUUAAAUAUUAUAUCAAUGUAUCGUUAAAUUAUUAGAUUAAUAAAUAUCAAUAAAUAAAUUCAUUAUUUCUUAUAUUGGUUUAUUAUAUUAUUAUAUUAUUGAUUAUUUGUAAUAAACACCUAUGGUAGGCACCUAAUAGUUAUAGUAUGUAUUUUCCGUCAAAUUAUUUUAUAUUUAUACAAUGUAUUUAUUGUUAUAUGGAUGGUGGAGAAUAACAAACCAGUACCAUUUUUUUUUCUACAAUGUAAUAGUAAUUAAUAUUAUUUAUUUAAUUCAAUUUAUGAAAUAUCUUCUUUUUGAAUGUUAUAAUUAUUAUGAUGAUCUAUUGAAAAAUUAAUUUUUAAUUAUUAACAGAAUAAUAUUUUCCUCCUUUAUAGUUCAUUAUCCACAGUAUUUAAGGUUAGAAUGGUUUAAAUAAUAAAAAAUAAUUAAAAGGUUUACAAUUAAUAAAAAAAAAAAAAAAAAAAAUUGUCCUAGAAUAAUGGAGACAGGUGCAUUCGCCAGCCACACUAUUUUAGGUAUUUUAAUUGUAAGUAACAAUUAAUCAUUGCUAACCAAAAAAUGAUUCUUAGUGGAGAUUGGUUGAUAGUGUUGCUUUACCAAUAAUAUAUAUUUCAUAUUAUGGUAAAAUAAUUACUUAUGCAUUAUAUAUUAUUUUCUUUAAUAUUUGGUUAUUAUUUUACCGGUUUUCUUGUUUAUUUGUAAAUCGAAGUAAUACCUCCCCAAUCCGAUUUCCUUUCAGAAAAAGUAGCUCAUUGUAAAUUGGAACAAAAUUGUUGGUAAAAAAGUUGUCAACAGAAAAAAAAAUAAUCUUCUAUGUUCCACUCAGACUCUAAAAUUGAAUAUACUUUUAACACAAAUACUUCUUGUGUACCUUCUUUUUAAAGAAUGUAUUGUUUAUGUUUAUUUUUGUUGUAAGAAUUUAUAGUAGAUAUUAAUAUUUCAUAUACAUCUAUAAUAACUUAAUAAUAAUAAUAUUAAUGAAAUAUAAAUAUUUUUAUUUUUUUUUUUAUUUAAAUUAAAUGUCUUAUAGAAUUUAAAUGUUAAAAGGGGUUACUCCUCUUAAUCAUUGUAUCUAUAUUAAAAUUUAAUUAAAUACAUCAGUGGUUUAGGAUUGAAUUUGUGUUUUUUUAUAAACAUUUUGAUUUGCAUAAUAAUCAAUAUCUCUGUAAAUAUUGUUUAUUCUUAAUCGUAACUUAUUUAAAUUUUAUUAUUUGUAGAAAACUGCCACAGCUGUUGCAUACUGUAAGAGUGGCAGUGGUAAUAUCCGAGUCAAUGGCCGACCAUUAGAUAUGGUUGAACCCAGAGUUCUUCAAUAUAAACUCCAAGAACCUAUUUUAUUGUUGGGAAAAGUGAGUUCAUUAGAAAUUAUUAAUUUAUUUGAAACAUUUAUCAAGUCAUUUUGUACAUAAUUUUUGGUUUUAAAUACGUAUUUAUGAAAAUACCUAUUGCUUGUAGGACCGGUUUAAUGAAGUUGAUAUGAAAGUUCGUGUCAAUGGCGGUGGACAUGUCGCUCAAAUUUAUGCUAUCAGACAAGCCAUCUCCAAAGCUUUAGUUUCUUACUACCAAAAAUGUAAUUUAAUAUUAAAAUACUUAUGCAGUUUUAAACUAUUCUAUAUUAUAUUAUAUUUUGAUUCAAUUUUAGAUGUUGAUGAAGCCAGCAAGAAAGAAAUUAAAGAUAUUUUAAUUCAGUACGACAGAACUUUAUUGGUGGCCGAUCCAAGACGUUGUGAACCAAAGAAAUUUGGAGGUCCAGGAGCUCGUGCCAGAUACCAGAAAUCAUACCGUUAACUUUUUAUUUUAUACAUAUAUAUAUUUUGACAUUAAAAAUAUAUGUAAACGAAAAAUAUUUUGUUGUUCUGUGAUAGCAUAC